AUGGCCAUUUCUAGACUGGGAGAGCCUCGCCAUGGACAUCCACGCAGUGAUAAUCUCCAUGUUGAAUCGCUGCAGUCUGCUCUACCUGGGGCCCAGAAGCUGCAGUUGCUGCAAAAUUCAAUGAUGUGGCUGCUCACUGGGGCAGAAUAUUAUGACGACGUUAUAUUUAACCAAAAUACGUUUGAGAAUUCCAACACUACCGCUGCAACAAAGCUGCCGGCAGCCAAAUCGGUCUCCCUUCACCCCAGAUCCUCCCCCCGAGGCCCCCCCGAGUGGGUCGGGGGCAGCCAGCACCUCAAGAACCUGAGCAAGACGGUGGGUGCAAAAGUCAACGACUUGCUACGCAGGAAAGAGACCAGCAACCACAGUAGCUUUGGGGUAACCGAAGUGAAUGAGCGUGCCGGGGCGGCCCUCUCCUGUGGGCAAGGCACACUGGACCAGGAGGAAUGGCAGGCUCCCGUCGGUGCCAUUCCCCGGCUCAACCCACCCCCGGAGAUUGCCAAGAAGCGCACCCCAAGAGCUCUGAAGACCACCCAAGAUAUGCUGAUUGCCUCCCAGCCGUCGGUAGGUAGCAUCGAGGCUUCUUUUCCAGAGGGAAGAAGUCAGGAUCAUGCAUUCCAGAGGGAAGCCAGGAAAGAGGCAGCUCGGAGCGAAAUUGGUUUGUUGACGCUGGAGGAGGUUGGGACCAGCCACAGCAGGGCCCGUGGGGUGCCUGAUCUCAUCUAUAAGGAGAAUUUGGAGCCUAAGCUAAACACUGCUUACAGAAUACCCCCCUCCCCAGAAAAUGUGGCACUCCAACUCAGCUUGAGUGCAGGCAAGAGCCCUCCCGAAUGCCAGUUCGAGAGCAGCGUGGCCCCCUCAACAGCAGAGACAUCCACACUGGAAGCUGAAGGUCACAGUCCGGAUUUGCUGUCCUUUGAGUAG